CCCACCCCCAGCCUCUCUUGUUCUCUUUGUCUCUGGACUCCCCAUUUUUCUCUCUCUGUGGACCCCCCCCCGCACAUUCUUUCUGUGUCUCUCCGGAACACCCAGGCAGAUCACCCCUAUUUGUCUCUAACUCUAUUCUACUCCCCACUCUUCCACCGUUUUUUUUUCUACUUCAGGCCCCUCCUUCUUUUCUGUUUGUCUGUCUGUCUCUGAGGAUGCUCUCUCUCCCAGCCCCCACCGCAGUCCUUUGUUUUGGGUAGAUUUUUACCCAGCCUAACUCCUCCAGCCACCUACCUCACUGACUCUUGUCUGUCAGUGAUUUCUCCCCCAAAUUCCCAGGGUCUUCUCCUGCACUUGGCUCAGGUUUUGGGAUCUCUGUAGCCAAGUCUGUUUGCCUUUCUGCCGCCUCCCUGCCCCUCACCCUGUUCCCCAGCCAGCCUUCCUGACCCUAACUCCUCUCACAUCCCUUUUUCUCUCCUUCUCCAGCGACCCUCCUGAUAGGUCCCUUCCCGAGCUCCUAGGGACAGCAGAGGAUUUGGGGACCGGUGAGCACCCUCAGGGCACAAGAAGAGCCUCUGCCACCUGCCGUGCCUCACCCUGCCCCACGCCAGGCCCGGCCGCCCCGGCCCUUGGCCGCAUCAAGUGGAGGAGGAGGUGGCAGCGGAGGAGGGUGGCACCAUGGGCCCGGGCCGUGCCCUCCAUGCCCGGGGGAUGAAGACGCUGCUGCCAUGGACAGCCCGUGCCAGCCGCAGCCCCUGAGUCAGGCUCUCCCUCAGUUGCCAGGUUCUGUGUCAGAGCCUUUGGAGCCUGGCCGGUCCAGGAUGGGGGUGGAGAGGUACCUGCCGUGUUCCCUGCUAUCCUCCUACCACUGUCCGGGAUGUCCAGAAGUGCCUGCUGAGGCCUCACCAGGGAGUGGGACCCCCAGAGCCACAGCCACUUCCACCACAGCCAGCCCCCUGCCGGAGGGUUUCGGUGGGCAGGACGGUGGCGAACUGCGGCCACUGCAAAGCGAGGGUGCUGCAGCACUGGUCACCAAGGGGUGCCAGCGACUGGCAGCUCAGGGUGCCCACCCUGAGGCCCCCAAACGAAAAUGGGCAGAGGAUGGUGGGGAUGCCCCCGCACCCAGCAAGCGGCCCUGGGCCAGGCAGGAGAACCAGGAGGUGGAGGGGGAGGGUGGCAUGGGCUGCAGCAGUGGCCGCGAUGAGGCUAGCGCCAAUCUGAGGGAGGAGGAGCUGCCCGCUGCACCUGAGCGCCUGGCCCUGGACUAUAUCGUGCCCUGCAUGAGCAUCCGUGGGGACCAGAUUGCCUGGGUGGAAGGCCAUGAGCCAGGCUGCCGAAGCAUUGGGGCCCUCAUGGCCCACGUGGAUGCUGUGAUCCGGCACUGCGCUGGGCGGCUGGGCGGCUACGUCAUCAACGGGCGCACCAAGGCCAUGGUGGCAUGUUACCCAGGCAACGGGCUGGGGUAUGUGAGGCAUGUUGACAAUCCCCACGGCGAUGGGCGCUGCAUCACCUGUAUCUAUUACCUGAAUCAGAACUGGGACGUCAAGGUGCAUGGUGGCCUGCUGCAGAUAUUUCCUGAAGGCAGGCCCGUGGUAGCCAACAUUGAGCCACUUUUUGACCGGCUGCUCAUUUUCUGGUCUGACCGGCGGAACCCACAUGAGGUGAAACCAGCCUAUGCCACCAGGUACGCCAUCACUGUCUGGUAUUUUGAUGCCAAGGAGCGAGCAGCAGCCAAAGACAAGUAUCAGCUAGCAUUGGGACAGAAAGGUGUUCAAGUACCUGUAUCUCAGCCAAGUACACCCACCUAGUGGCCAGCCCGAGCUGCGUGGACAGACAGCUUCCCCUGACGUCGGGAGAGCCCCGGGCCCACGCCGCCCGGCCAGCGGCCAGCCAGUCUCGGUGCCUACUCCUUCCUCACCGCAGCUGCUGCUUCCGGCUUGGCCUCUGUCCUGGUGUGGAGGGCUCCCUCAGUUACUGAGGACUGAGGAGGAGAGACCUGUGCUGCCCUGUGAUGGGGGCUGGGACUGUGACUUGGGCAGGGGCCAGUGUUGGGAGCUACCAUUACUGGAGCUAAGGGCCUGUGUCCUGCCCUGUCUGGUUGUGUCCCUCCCAGGUGUGGAGAGCUGGAAGUAGGUAUUGCCACCUCCCACCAAGAUGCAGGAGUUGGGGUUGAGGUGAGUCACGGCCUCUUGCUGGCAAAGAUUUGUUGGGGGGAGAGUAUCCCCAAGCCCCCCGCUCCUCCAGCCUGGAAUGUGAAGUGACUCCCAAACCCUUCGGCCAUGGCACCUUUCGGACUAGGCUGCUGCUGCUUGGGCAGCAUAAAAGGUGCUGAGAGGAGCACAGGCAUGGAAGUCCUGUCAGCCAAGAAAUAAAAGUUUACCUCAGAGCUGCACA